ACAAUUUGUCCAAUAGAAACUCUAAUUUUCGUUGUAAAACGUUUUCCCUUUGGAGUGAACCGUUUCUGUUGCAAAACGUUAUGCAACAGAUGAAACAUUUUGCAACAUAAUCUGCGUAAUGAAUACAACGCAGGCUUAGUUUUUUGAUACAUAUUUCCAGCUGCAGAUAGUUUACUUAUCUUCAUAACGCAACAUACUUGGUCGCCAGGCAUAAUGUCCUAUUACAGAGGUUCUGAAUCUAAGAGGGAGCAAUUUCGAAGGUAUCUCGAAAAAGCGGGUGUUCUUGACACGCUGUUUGCAGUGUUGGUGGCCCUAUACGAAGAGACAGAGAAACCUCAUAAUGCUUUGGACUUUCUAAAGCAUCACCUUGGUGUGGCUGGUGUGGAAACAGCAGAUGCCGAGACCCUCUGUUUGGGGGUGUCUGAGCUACAGCAGAAGUGUGAUCUGCUCAUGGAGGAAAACAAAGAACUCAGAGGCUUCUGCAGUAUGAACCAACACCUGAGGAUGGAGCAGCGGAUUAAUGUAGUUAGUUGAAUUGUUAUAUAUUUUUUUCACUGUUUGGAAGGGGUGCUUAAUAUAAAGCCAUUUCUUAAUAUGUGUGUGUGUGUGUGUGUGUGUGUGUGUGUGUGUGUGUUUUUAUAUAUAUAUAACACUUCAUUAUUAAGGCAAUGUAAUUUUGUUUAAGUAGUAAAUGUGGCUUCUUUGUACAGGCACCUCAUUUGUUACCAUUAUCUCCAAUUUAAGUCAAUAAAUAC